UAAUGGUUCUUGGCUUUGACUGUGUCUCCUCAGGUCAGGUCAGAUGGGAUGAGGUCUCAGCUGUUCGAUGUAACACUCUAAGGCGGAACUUCAGAGAAGCAACCCUCCAUGCCUCCAAAAACCAAGGAUCAGACCGGUCCACCCCUCACCUGUCAUCAGACUGUACGCCUCAUGAGGUGUUCGUGGAGCUGAAUGAGCUGGUGAUUGACCAGAACCAGGAGCUGCAGUGGAGGGAGACAGCUCGAUGGUUCAGGUUUGAGGAAGAGAUGGAGGAGGAGGACACAGAGUUCUGGGGGAGGCCUCCCGUCAGCUGCCUGUCCUUUCACUCUCUGCUCGAACUCCAAAAAGCCAUCUCCCAUGGUGCAGUGCUCCUCGAUCUGAAGCAGAAGACUCUACCGGGGAUUGCUCAGCAGGUGGUGGAGCAGAUGCUCCUCUCAGAUCAGAUCAAAGCUGAGGACAGAGACAACUUGCUUAGAGCUUUGCUGCUGCGACACAGCCAUCCCAGUGAUGAAAAAGACAGAAACUUCUUUAGCAGAAGCAUCUCUGCAGCCGCUAUGGCCUCUGUGAUGGAAAGACUCAACAACCAAUCAGAACUCUGCUGCCAGACGGACAAACAGCAGUUCGGGAACUCCAGGCCAAAUCCUGAGAUGCAGCUGAUGGAGAAGAUCUCAGCACGAGCCGAAGCCACGUUGGUGCUCGUAGGUAGUGUGGGCUUUCUGGACCAGCCUUCCAUGGCCUUCGUGAGGCUCCAGGAGUCAGUUCUUCUAGAGUCUGUCCUGGAGGUUCCGGUCCCUGUAAAGUUUCUCUUCCUCCUGCUGGGACCACCUUCUGUCAACAUUGACUACCAUCAGAUCGGACGUUCAAUCUCGAUGCUCAUGUCAGACAAACAUUUCCAUGAGAUGGCAUACCACACAGAGGAUCGGCAGGAGCUGCUGACAGCCAUCAACAGUUUCCUGGAGUGCAGCGUUGUCCUCCCUCCUUCUGAGGUCAGUGGAGAAAUGCUGAUCCACUCAUCUGACAUGAUGCUGAGGAGGGAGAAUGAGCAAAACAACAAGCUGCUGGAGAAACAGGACCAAGUUCAUGAAGAGGGUGAUUCUCUCGUUCCCUCCAAACCCAGUGACGAUCCGCUCCGCCGCUCGGGCCGUCUUUUCGGCGGUCUGAUCAAAGACGUGACGCGGCGCUACCCUCAGUACCUCAGUGACAUCCAGGAUGCUCUGAACCCUCAGUGCAUGGCCGCUGUCAUCUUCAUCUUCUUCGCUGCUCUGUCACCUGCCAUCACCUUUGGUGGACUUCUCGGUGAGAAAACAGAGGGUCUGAUCGGUGUGUCGGAGCUGAUAGUUGCCACAUCACUGCAGGGCAUCGUGUUCAGUUUGCUGGGGGCUCAACCUCUGCUGAUUAUCGGUUUCUCUGGACCUCUGCUGGUUUUUGAAGAGGCUUUCUAUAAUUUCUGCAGAGACAAUGGCAUCGAGUACCUGACUGGCCGGGUCUGGAUCGGGUUCUGGUUGGUGCUCAUUGUUGUCCUGACCGUGGCUUUUGAAGGGAGCAUCCUAGUUCGCUUUGUUUCCCGCUUCACUCAGGAGAUCUUCUCCUUCCUCAUUUCACUCAUCUUCAUCUAUGAGACGUUUGCAAAACUAGUCAAAAUCUUCAAGGAACAUCCACUCCGAGGCUGCCAAUCUGAAAACACCACACUACCUCUGUCUUUGAUCAACUCCACUGUGGCUGCUGAGAAGGUUGUUGGAGAACCAAACACGGCUCUGCUGUCGUUGGUCCUCAUGGCGGGAACAUACUUUAUCGCUUUCUAUCUGCGCAUGUUCAAGAACAGCUCCUUCUUCCCUGGGAGGAUUCGAAGAGUCAUUGGAGACUUUGGCGUUCCAAUCGCGAUCCUCAUCAUGGUGCUGGUGGACUACAGUGUAGAGGACACCUACACCCAGAAGCUGAACGUGCCCAGUGGAUUGUCAGUUUCCACUCCGGAGAAGAGAGGGUGGUUUAUCUCCCCUUUGGGUUCAGAUGGACAGUUUCCUGUUUGGAUGAUGGGAGCCAGCAUCCUGCCGGCCAUUCUCGUCUUCAUUCUGGUCUUCAUGGAGUCACAGAUCACAGCGCUCAUCGUCAGUAAGAAGGAGAGGAUGCUGGUAAAGGGGACCGGUUUUCACAGUGACCUCCUGAUCAUUGUGGUGACAGGCGGGAUCUCUGCCCUGUUUGGAUUGCCAUGGUUAUCGGCUGCCACCGUUCGAUCUGUCACUCACACCAACGCCCUGACCGUCAUGAGUAAAGCCGUCACCCCUGGAGACAAGCCUUGUAUCCAGGAGGUGAAGGAGCAGAGGGUGACGGCGUUUGUGGUGGCAGUUUUAGUAGGUUUAUCCAUCACCAUUGGAGAGGUUCUACGUCAGAUUCCUCUGGCUGUGCUGUUUGGCAUCUUCCUCUACAUGGGUGUGAUGUCAUUGAACGGGAUCCAGCUCACAGAAAGACUCAUCCUAUUGCUGAUGCCACCAAAAUACCACCCAGACCUCAACUACGUCCGCUCGGUGCGUACAUUAAGGAUGCAUAUGUUCACUCUGGUCCAGCUUUUGUGCCUAUCACUGCUGUGGGUCAUCAUGGCAACAGCAGCGGCUGCAGCGUUCCCCUUCAUGCUGCUGUUGACCAUCCCGCUGAGGAAGCUGCUGCUGCCCCGCCUCUUCAGCUCCAGGGAGCUACAGAGUCUUGAUGCUGAUGAUGUGGAGCCUCAGCUGGAUGAAAAGGAGGGACAGGACGAGUACUCACAGCUGCAGAUGCCAGUGUAACCCUGCAUGAUGAGAUGAUUGGACCACUAAUGUGCAACAACUGGAAACAUGGAGCUGCUCUGCCAUGAUAAAAACUGAAUGCCUUUCAGACUGACGUUGCUUUUAAAAUUCCUCAAUUUUUGCUCUUUAAAAGAAGCUUACAGGCAAAAUGUUUUACUGUCCUGUUUGUCAUCUAUCUACUGAACUGGAAUGAUGUCAAUAGUUUUGUAGUGAUGUCUAUCCUGCUCAGGUGAAUCUGAUCAAACUCAGAGGAGCCUAAAAUCCUCUACUAAAAGGUAAUCAUGUGUUAUGGAGUACAGUACUACCCUUAGAUGGUUAAUGUAAUAUUUUAAAGGCAGGCUUUGACUGACCAAAAAUCUGAGCUUGAUCAGAUGACACAGAAUACCCCGGAGCUCCAUUCGUGGUUCAUUAACAGUCACAACUUCAGCUUUUUUUAUCUUUCAAACAAUGUUUAACAUUAUGCAGAUAAUAUGUCGAUUUAUUUAAAACUAUGUCCUAAUCAAAGAGUUUCUCAAAAUGAAGGUUCACACCAAGUUAGAAGUUGGUUUACAGUUGACUUCCUGAACAUGAAAAUACACACACAUUAAAAAAAAAUAAUUUUAAAAUUAAAGUUCCUGUUGAGUUUGAUUCAGAUGUUUGAAAAUCAGAAAAUACCCCCAAAAUCAGAAACUUUGUUUAGACUCAUUAUUGCUGUUAAUGGCUCCAAACUUUGAUUGAGGAUAUUUUUUUUCCUUUAUCUAAACAUCAUCUAUUUUCCUUAUUCCUUUUAAACUUCAUCCAUGCAUUUUCUAAAUCCACCUAAUACCUUUCGGGAUCACAGGGUUGCUGGAGCUUUUCCCAGCUACUAUUGGGUGAAGGUGAGAUACAGCUUGGACAGACAUCCUAUCCAUCACAAUACAGAGCUUUUGAAACCUUGUAUUUAUAUAUAUACUAUUCAAUACAUUUAUUUUAUUUUCUUUAAUUGAUUUUUCUGUAUGUCAGCCUUACAUCUGAAAUGUGAUGAACAAAUAAAGUUUUGUUCCUAAA